GUCUUUCGUAUAAUUGGAGCAACUGAUUAGAUGCGGUAGAGGUGAUUUUGGGUGGUUUGUGCGGCGCCCUCUCCGUGUGUUCGAGCGCAUCCUGAUACGGUUCUGCGGGCCCCACCGUGAAAGAGAGGCGAGAGAGAGAGGGAGAAGGGACGUCCGGAGAAGCAGAGGGAAUUUCCGGAGAGAUGGACUCUAUAGAUCUGUCCGAACUACGGGACCCUGCAGGGAUUUUUGAGCUAAUUGAAGUUGUGGGGAACGGAACUUACGGCCAAGUGCACAAGGGUCGCCAUGUUAAAACCGGUCAGCUAGCUGCCAUCAAAAUCAUGGAGGUCACAGAGGACGAAGAGGAGGAAAUCCGACUUGAAGUCGACGUCCUUCGAAAGUUCUCCUAUCACCAAAACAUUGCCACAUACUACGGUGCCUUCGUCCAGAAAGGAGACGGUGGACAAGAAGACCAGCUCUGGCUGGUGAUGGAGUACUGUGGGGCGGGGAGUGUGACGGACUUGGUCAAAUCAACGAGAGCUCGUUCGUUGAAAGAAGACUGGAUUGCUUUUAUCUGCAGAGAGGUUCUGAGGGGGCUGAGUCAUCUCCACAAGAACAGAGUAAUCCACAGGGACAUCAAAGGGCAGAACGUUCUGAUAACUGACAACGCUGACAUUAAACUCGUUGAUUUCGGGGUCUCGGCGCAGCUGGACCGUACCAUCGGGAAGAGAAACACGUUUAUUGGCACCCCUUAUUGGAUGGCCCCCGAGGUAAUUGCCUGCGAUCAGGACCCCACGGCAACGUACGACUACCGGAGCGAUCAGUGGUCUCUGGGGAUUACUGCCAUUGAAAUCGCCGAAGGAGAACCACCUCUCUGCAGCAUGCACCCGAUGCGUGCCCUGUUUCUGAUUCCUCGUAACCCGCCGCCGAGACUGAAACAGACCAAGAAAUGGAGUCCAAGGUUCAUCAAUUUCAUCGAACAGUGUCUCACAAAAGACCCUACGAAACGGCCAACUUCAGACGAACUUCUGCGACAUCCUUUUGUGACGGAGUUCAACGAGCGUGCAGUGAGGAUCCAGGUGCGAGACCAGCUGGACAGAGUGAAGAGAGAGGUUCAGAUCUUCGACGAGCAGCUGUCCGACGAGGAGGGCGGCUCGCUGGAGAUACCCACCAUCAAGAAGGGAGGGGACGACGCUGCACGGCCCGGCCCUUCCGCCGUCUCACCGUCCAGGGACGAGGAGGAGGAUGAGGAAGAUGAAGAGAGUCUGGGGCAGGAGACACUGCUCACGGCGCGACAGAGCCACGCGGCGGAGUUCUCUGCCGGUCGGCUGCCUCAGUACACAGAAGACACCCUCAUUAUACAUGGAGAUGAGACCCAAGGGGCUGCAGAGAAUCCUCAGUUGGCGGCUCUGGCGGCAAGACAAGGACCAGCUCAGCGUCAGUCAUUUUCCUAUUUCCCGCCCGACUCCCGCCGAAGCACGGGCGGAGCAGCGGUCCCGCCCACCCGCCCCAGCACCUACGAGGACCCAGCUGGCCAUCGUCUCAGUAUGCAGCUGCCCGGGGUCAACGGAGGAGUCAAACAAGAAGGAGGACCCAAAAUGUCACCAGAGAUCCGUAAGUACAAGAGAAAGUUCAACGGAGAGAUACUGUGCGGGGCACUAUGGGGAGUCAAUCUUCUGGUUGGUACUGAUAAUGGCCUACUUCUCCUCGACCGCUCUGGGCAUGGCAAAGUGUUUCCACUCAUCUCUCGUCGAAAGUUUGCACAAAUGGAGGUUCUCGAAGGACUCAACGUUCUGGUCUGCAUCAACGGACGAAAGAACAAACUGCGCGUCUACUACCUCUCGUGGCUCAGGAACAAGAUCGUCAAGGGAGACGACGUGAUGGAGGGUACCCGAUCGAGACACGGGUUCAUUUCAGUGGGGGAGUUGGACCAAUGUGUCCACUUCAAAGUCGUCCAACAUGGGAAGAUGAAGUUCCUCUGCAUAGCCACCAAGACAAGCAUCGAGGUGUACGCGUGGGCCCAGAAGCCAUACUCAAAGUUCAUGCAGUACAAAUCGUUCCCUGACGUACUCCACCGACCUGUGCUAGUUGACAUGGUCUGUGAGGCUCCCAACAAGACAAAGGUCCUAUAUGCCUCCUCAAUGGGAUUCCAUGCUAUUGAUUUGGAGAAUGGGGUACUCCAAGAUCUUUAUCUCCCGUCUAUUGGAGUAAGGACAACAGUGACACCCCACGCCAUUAUCCCCUUACCCCGCUCCACGGGAGAACUUCUACUGUGUUAUAAUAAUGAAGGUGUGUACAUAAACGCAAGUGGAGGGAGAAUCAAAGACGUCAGACUACAAUGGGGGGAAGUCCCCUCGUCUAUAGCUCUGAUAGGCGACAGUCAUGUGAUGGGUUGGGGUUCAAAGGCCAUCGAGAUAAGGGCAGUGGAGAGCGGGCAACUGGACGGUGUCUUCAUGCACAAAAGGACCCAGAAACUGCGCUUCCUCUGCGAAAGAAACGACAAAGUGAGUACAGCCUUCAUUUCCUCUUCUUUCUCUCUCUCAGGUUUUCUUUGCCAGCAUCCGCACCUCUUCCUCCAGCCAGGUAUAUUUCAUGGCUCUCAACAGACGAGUCGUCCCACAAUAGCAGGGCUCCAUUGUGUCUGUGUCUAACAUACAGCAGUCCACUUGUUGUCCACCUGUAUACAGUGUUAGCUAUCGUUCUUAAAAAAACUGACUUUUCUCGUCUCAAAAUGUCGCAUUAUAAUAACUGUGUGGUAUGGUGUAUAGGGCUUGGUGUGUAUGUAUGUACUGGAGUCAUUAUUAUGCAUUCUUAUGUCACUAAUUUAUAGCCCGUGGUGUAAGAUUAUUGUUAUAGAGGUGAUUACAUAACAUUAUUAAUUUUUCCUGUCCACCAUGUUGUAUAUGCAAUGAACAAUGUGAUUAUUUUUAACGAAAUAUUUUGUUGCACAUGAAUGUAUAAUACCAAGUAUACAAUGAAUGGGUGGGGUAGCAUUUUCUGGUUGCCAUGGUAAUCGGUACCGUGGCAACACUUGGAUACCUGUAUAGACAGUGAUUGGUUGGAGAGAGAGGGAGGUGGCUACUAAUAAAGUCAGUUGCUUGGUGCCUCAUUCCGUGUCUUCUGACUUCUUUUUGUGCUUUUUCUUCUUUGGUUUUUCGGGCACGACUUCACCUUCUGAAUCAGUUUCUUUCUUCCUCUUCUUCUUCUUCUUCUUUGACUUGCCAGCCACCUCCACCUCCUCUCCCUCCUCUUCACUUGGUCGUUUCUCAGACAACGCACUCGCCUCCCCUCCUCCCUCCCUCUCUUCCACUGGCUCCUUUACUUUACCGUCUCGACCACUGCAACAGAGAAACCAACGUUAAAGACACAUGCAACCCAACACAAUGGUCAUGUGACUAUCACAUGACACUUCAUAAAAACCAUGUGACCCACAUACUGAUCACGUGACCAUCACAUGACUAAUACUCACUACUGAAACUCUUUCCGGACGUCCUGCGGUGUACUCUCCAGCACUUUCCCAAACUUUCCCAACUUUCCGGCGGCUAUCAGCUGCUUCUUCUUCAGAGCCUGUAGCAGGGCAGUAAGUCACACGACUGUCACGUGACUAGAGGUUUCAGCUGACCUUUGGACCCAGACCCCACUUGCGAGGGUACACGUCUCUAUUCAUGAUGACUCUCUUUAUCUUGGCACAGAAUCCGUGAUCGCAAGUAACCAUCUCAGCCGUCCCCAUCAUCCCAAUACCUAGAGUAGUCGACAGUAGCUCAUGUGACGUCAUGUGACUGUCACGUGACCUACCGAGAGCCACGGCCUCUCCCUUGGUUGUGAUGAUGGCAAUUUCCAUGCCUGGCUCUAUUCCUUCGUCAAACCUGAGGACCCCGGGAAGAAGAAUCUUGGCUCCGUAGCACACUGCAUUCACCUGGUGGAGUAUAUAUACACAACAAUAGAGAGUAUUAUUAACCCUCGGCGCGCAUGCGCAGCGAGGGUUACAGUAGUUGGGUUUGUCUGUGUGUGUGUGUGUGUGUCUGUCUGUUACUCUACAUCUCACUUCUCGAACAUCUG